GUGACCCCCCCCCCUCAGUCCUGAGGCUCAAAUCUCCAGCAAGUCCACUUUAACAGGAUUUCUAUAAAAGUGGAGAGUCCAGUGUGGUUGUGGCUUUUAUUCUGGAGUCCGUUUAAUUUUAUCUCCACAGGAAAAGGAAACGCUUCCUGCUCAACAUUAGUGUGAGAGUGUUUCAGGCUGGUCCUCCUCCCUCGGAGGGAUGAGAGGGAUCCCAGUGUGGAGCUGCUCUCUCUCUCUCUCUCUCUCUCUCUCUCUCCCUCCCUCUCUGCUCCAGCAGCAUUAUUCUGUCUCUAACUCUCAGUGACCAACAGCCUCUCACUGCUUCUCUCCUCUGAGACAUGGAAUCUUAUAGAAAGGGCGGCUGACAGACCUGAGGCCAGCUCCAUAAAGUCUUGGUUCUUCACUGGAAACUUUGUGCUGGUCAAGCCGAGCAGCUCCAUCAGCAACGCGGAGGAGCUGCUGCUGCAGGAGUUCAGUGGGAGAAGAGCUGGAGAUGGUGGAGAGCUGAACCCACAGUGACCCGGGAUGGAGCCUGUGCAGAGGGACAUGGAGCUGCUCAGUAACAGCAUGGCCACCUACGCUCACAUCAAAGCCAACCCCGAGAGCUUCGCCCUCUACUUCAUGAUGGGCGUCUGUUUCGGCCUGCUCAUGGCGCUCUGCCUCCUGGUGGCCGGCAUCACCUGCAGGACUCGCCGCAGACGCAAAUCCCCUCCUUCGCCCGAGAGGAGACAGCUGAAGGAGUCCAGCGGGGAGGAGGACGAGGAGGACGAGGAGGACGAGGACGAGAGCAUCGCAGGCGAGGAGGCAGAGAUCCCCAGAGGGACAGUGGGGCCCAUGAGUGACCGCAGCAGCCAGUCCACCGGAACCCUGAGGAGCGUGAACGUGUUCGCCUCGGCCGAGGAGCUGGAGAAGGCCCGGCGCCUGGAGGAGAGGGAGCGGAUCGUCAGGGAGAUCUGGAGGAACGGUCAGCCGGACAUCCUGGUCACCGGGACGGGGACGCUGGGACGAGUCCAUUACCACUAACACACUUUGACUGUGUCGAGAAAAAGACACCUGACAGACUGCGAAGGUCAAAGGUCAGGGGGACUUGUUACCUCAUCUUUUACCAUUCAGAAGGAGGGGUCUUACAAAGGAAUGUGUUGAGUUGCAUUGUGGGAAUUGUAGGGUCAAGUGGUAAUGGGUCAUUCCAUCCAGAGAAAAGGAAGAGUCACAGUAAAAAGCAACAGAUUAUUCACUUCAGAGACGAGCAGUGACCAAAACAAUCAACAGGAAGUCAACAAAAAUAAACAUAUCUCAAAUAUGUGAAAACCAUCAAAAUAAACUCUGACCACACAUCUGUGAAGUUCAGGACUCACAAACAGACAAAGGACCAAUCCACAGUGUCACUGAAAACUUAUAAUAGUUACUUUGUGGGGACGUGGGAAGAAGAGGAGGAGGAGUUUAAAAAGUCUUCUAUCAAUCAGAGUGCGAGGAAACUAAUGUUUUAAGUUCAGGUUCAUUCAAACAUUCAAGAUUAAUAAAUCUUAAGACUGACUCAGUCUUAACCACCAGACUCAGUGUAUUUUCUCCUCUUGUGAUUGUUAUUGUAAAUUUGUUUGUUUUAUAUUUCUUGCGACAUAAAUACAAUUUUUUUAUGUAUUUGUCUUCAUCUGUAUUUUAUCUAUAUAAUGUGAAUAAUAAAAUAAUUUAACCACUUUUUGAACUGAUAACAGGACACAUGUUCAUCACUGUCAUUAUUAAAUUUAGAAAUUUCAUCAACUCUUUUAAGGAUCCUUUAACCUACAAACCAUUUUCAGUAAUGGGCAAUUAUCUGUUUCAAAAAAGGAAAGAUUUGAUUUGCAGCUCUGGAGUCAGAGGCAGUUUCACGGUGGCCUGACAUUCAAGGAUCCUCACAGAAAGCCUUUAGUCUUUUUCCAUCAUCUACAUCAGAGGUCUUCAACAGGGGGUCCGCGACCCCUAGGGAGUCCGUGGAGGUACUGCAGGGGGGUCGUGAAAUGUUUGGUUGAUUAGACAAUUUUUAAUAUUUUUUAUAAUUUUUGAUUUACUUUCUAACCAGCUUUUUCCCACAAAUUUAAAUGUGUUUAAAUACACAUUAACAUGCAUCCGGCAUAUUGAGAGGCUGAUUUGACCCUCUGCCUGACAACCUCCAUCAGUCCAAGGUUAGAUAAGUUGUGUGCUACCCAUCAGGGUCAGACAUCUCACUGAUGUGGGAGUAUGUGUGGCAUCCACAGAUUGCUUGAGGAUUCACUGUCUCUUCUGCAUGUAUGUUUAAAAUAAAAACAUGAAUCUGUGAAUUACUUUAAUAGCUCAGUGUUGUAUGCAAGAUGGAUGUUUAUAAAUGGCAGUGGCAUGGCCACCCUGUAUCGUGCACAUGUUUAAAUUAAAAACAUGAAUAUAU